UUUGAAAAAAAAUAUUUCAAGAGGAAAAGACAAACGUGAAAGUCGUGUCAUCAAUUAUAUUUGAGAAAUAAACUAUAUAGUAUUUUUUACAGUGAUUUAUCUAAUAGUGAUAUUUUGCAUGGAUAUUUGAGUAUAAACAUCGAACCUAGUGCUAAAAAUGAUUAUAGAAAAUCCAGAUGCGUUCAAAACAUGGUUGACCUCCAUAUUGGAACCCCUAUGUGAUGCUGAUCCGGCAGCAUUAGCCAAAUAUGUCUAUGCACUUGUUAAGAAAGACAAGGCAUUGGAUGAGCUUCGUGAUGGAAUGCUGGAUCAGCUUGAUGUGUUCUUGCAACAAGAGACCAAACCGUUUGUAGAGAUGCUGUUUAAGGCAUUGGAGAGCCAGGAGUACCUAAAGCCUGUUGAGGAGAAGAAAGAUGAAAUGGCAAUAGAACCUGAAGUACCAGUUGAGGAGCCACAACCUGAGAAUCAUGUGGCUCCAAUGCCUACGGACAUGCCUGAAGACAAGCAACGGAACCAUUCCCCCCCUGCUGCAGAAGUGAAGGAGCCUCCUCGACACCGAGUCGUGGUACCAAGGAGACCUCCGCAACAUGAGCAUACUCUAGUCAAGGUAUUACCUACUGAACUCCUAGAAGAACCAGUGGAACCUCCAAGGAGAAGAGAUAGAAGGAAUGAUUUGAUACGUGAUAAAGAUGACCGUCGCCGCCGCCGUUCCCGGUCAUGGGAGAGACGUUCCCGGGCGAGACGACACCCACGUGACGAUGGACAUCCGGAUAGACGGUAUGAUAAGAGGAGACCAUCACGAUCUCCAUCACCAAGAGGUCGGUAUAGGAACAGAAGUCCACCGACUGCAUUAUUGGAUAGACAGCCUAGCCGGUCUAGGUCAAGAUCUCCAAUGACUCGUGAUAGAGAUCUCGAGAGAGAAAGAGAUAGACUGCGUCCCGCGCGUGAGUUGGAGCGAGAUAGAAUGUCGCGCGACCGAGAGCACCGGGAUCGCUUGUCUCGCUCUAGAGACCGAGAAAGGUCUCGUGACAGAUCGCGCGAUAGGACGUUAUCGCCGCACGACACAAGAUUAGACCACACGGACACGUACAAACGGAGAUGUCGAGACUUUGACGUGAAAGGCUACUGUAUGCGCGGCGAUCUUUGCGAAUGGGAUCACGGUGUGGAUCCCGUUGUGCUGGAAGACGCUGCUCUUACCAGAGUUCUGGCUUUGCCACCACCUGUACCAGGUAAAGAUAUUGAAUACAACCCGGCUACUCCGGACAUCUGGGUGGGAGGAGGAUUCGCGGCGUUCCCCCCGGCGCCUCACCCCCCGCCCGCCCAUCACAUGACGCCCAGGGAACUUGUGCCUAUACCUAGAGUACGUCACGAAAUGCCAACUGGAGCGAUGGUACCUCCCGUGCCGAGACAUCCUCCGCCGAUGAAGAAGAACUUUGACUAUAAUAGACUUGGCUCUAACAGACCACCGUUACCGGGAAAGGGUAUGAAUUGCUCCUUAGAAGUGAAGAAAGUGCCUCACGGACUCAACGACAUAACACAUCUGAACAACCACUUCAGCAAGUUUGGCAAGAUCGUUAAUAUUCAGGUUUGCUUUGAAGGCGAUCCCGAAGCAGCCCUUGUGACAUUCUCUAAUCCAACGGAAGCAAAUGUUGCCUACAAAAGUACAGAAGCAGUGUUGAAUAAUAGAUUCAUCAAGCUGUUUUGGCACAACCCUGAGAACAAACAAGAGAACGCAGCGCCAACCGCUCAACAGAAAAACCAGAACAGCAACCCACUCUCGCACAACAAAGUCUACAUCAACAAAGACAACAUUAAGGCGAGUGAGCAGAAUAAACAGAAAGAAAAGUUGAAAGAGACGAACGGCGAAACAGAGAAGAAAGACGAGAAACCGUUGGACAAGUACAAGGAAGUUAUGGAGAGGUACAAACGUGCCCAGGUGCUUCUUCAGACGCAGCUGACGCAGCAGAAAGUUACCAUAAGCAAGUUGGAGAGUGGUAACGUCAGUGAAGAGCAGAAAACAGAAUUCAUGGAGACGAUAAAGGCUGCACAAGGGGCCAUAGAGAAAUUGAGGAAAGAACUUGUUGCAUACAAUGGCAUGAUCAAACAUCUGCAGGAGGAGAAUGUGUCGCGCUCCAUGUCUCGGCUACAACUGAAUCAGGGAAAGAAGCCAAAAACGGCUGCAGAGGCCCAAAAAGAGAUUCUGGAUGCUGAACUGGAUAUCAUUACUAAACAACAGGAGGGGCAAGACGUUACGGAAUUGGCGAAGAAAAUUGUAGACAUGCGACGCAAGAUGUCCAUACAGUUUCCAUCUCACACAAGCGUUAGAAAAGUCCACUCUAGCUAUCGAAUUAUCAGGAGACGGCUUCGGGGUGGUCGUUUUAACCCCGCAAUGCGUUACACGCGUAACGCAGCCGCACCGGCCCCGAAGACGUUCAGCGAUUUGUCUGUCGAUCACCGGCCUCGCACUCUGCUGAUAUCCGGCUUUGAACCGGAUGAAUUGGAGGCCGUGCAGACGCAUUUUGCGAAAUAUGGAGAGAUUGUCGGUAAAGUCGUGAACAUGUCUGUCCCGGAACUGACGGUGCAGUACAAAAUCCGACCCCAAGCUGAAAUGGCUCUGAUGCGUGGCAGGAACUACAAUGAUCGGACGCUCAGUAUAACGUGGGUAGCCAACAAUAAGCCCCUUGGAGCAGCGCCAAGCGCGACCCAAAAUGGAGAUGCGCCAGCGCAGGAGAACAGUAAGGAUACGCAGAACCAGGAGCAAAGCGAGGACUUCCGGUUCGAUGAGGAAGAUGAGGAUGAAGCCGACGAAGAAAGGUCUUGGAGGCGUUGACGCUGCGCUGGCCGCUAGCUAGACUAGCGAUUUGUACUAACACAUAGAAUAUAAAUUUACAUUUGACAUUGACACUUAACUUAGGCCUCACUGUGGUUAAAGUUAAACCAGCAAUUUUUAACCGCAAAAGAAAUGCGGGUUUUCUCUCAUAUAUAAUGUUAUAAAUAUAUCAGCAAUAUUCAUAUACACUAACUUAUUAUUCACUUUAUAGAUUAACUAAACUAAGUAUGGUAUUAGUAGAGACAAAUUUUUUUAAUAUAUAUAUAUAGUACAUAACAAUGAAGUAUUUAUCACUUAGGUCAUAUAGGUGGCAUUAACGCUUUGCGGUUAGAAGCUGCGGGGAAAAUCACAGUGCGGCCUAUUUAACACCUUAAUACUGGGCUAUGUGUUGGAAAUUAUGUUUUGGCUUUGAAUAAUUGUUUGUAUAAUUUGUUAAUGUAAAUAAUUUUGCUAAAUUGAAUUAUUCAAAUGAAAUUGCAAUCAGUCCCAAAUAGUUUACAAUGCAUAAUAUAAUAACGGACUGUAAUGAAUUUCAGCAAAUUUAAUUUCAAUAAUGGCAAAUAUUCUAGCUGAUAAAUAAGGAUUUUGGAUUCAUAAAAAAGUGCUUCAAAUACUUGGGUAUUGUCAAGGUAUAGGAAAACAUUUUUUUACGAAAUUUAACAAAGGCUAUCUUUAAAUCUUUUUCUACUAGACUAUCUUCUCGUAUUGAAUAUCUUUAAAUAUAUUUCGACUUCCAUUG